UUGAGCUUGUUACGAAUUUUGGAGAUUUAACAUUUUCAUAGCAGUCAUUAUCGAUAAAGAUGUGGCUUACAACUCAGAGAAUGUGUGGCUAGUGAAUUAAUAUGUCCCUAUUUAAUCCACUAAAGUGCGUCAUUCGUCAACUUUGCCCCCACCAAAGAAAUAGCCGCGCCGAUAGGACUGGACUGGGCUAGACCGUGAACCAUCUUCUAUCUAUCUUCUAUCUAUCUUCACCAUUCUACAACCUUAUCGACGAUAUCCCGUUAAACCCUCAAGAUAUUUUGAUAUCCAGAAAGUAAACCAACUUGUCAUCCGACCGAGCCAAUCCUUUUUACAAUCCACAUCUCUCCAGUCAUUACCUUCAAUCCACGAUCUGCGACCGUCAUAAUCAGCCAACAUGUCGAACCGACAACUCGCCCGCGACAUGCAAGUCGAAUUCCAGGCUCGCUUCCAAGCGAAGCAAGCACGUCGCGAAGCCACGAAAGCAGCGAAGCAAGACCCCCUCCUCAAGAAACAAAUCCAAGAACUUCUAAAGAAAGGCGACACCACGAAGGCAUACCAGAAAGCCAAGGUUCUGCUCUCUAAGCAAGCACUUGCCCAGCAAAUGGACCAGAUGGCCGACAUGGCCGAACUCAGCGUCGCCCAGAUCCAAGCCAACAACGCUAUGAACCGAAUGACGAACAUGAUGGGUCAAUCUUCGCGCACCAUGUCCGCUGCGCAACGGAACAUGAACCCCGAGCGGACAAUGAUGACGCUUGAACAAUUCAAACAACAAAACGAAGAAUACGCCGUCAACAACGGCAUCUACCAAGACGCCAUCUCACAGACGACCUCGCAACAAGUCUCCGAAGAAGCCGUCCAUGAACUCCUAGGCAAACUCGCCGACGACGCGGGUGUGGCCCUGAAUUCACAACUUAACGCCGCGCAGCCGAGUACCGCCGAACCCGCCGCGCCGCAGACCGCGGAACCGACUGCGGAGGAGGAGGAUGCGCUUCAGCAGCGUCUGCGCGCUCUUAGGGCUUAGGAGGCUGGCGGGGAUGCGGAUGGUGCUGGUGGGAGUGGAAGUGGAGAUGGAGAUGAAGGGGAGCGUGUUCCGCAAAUGAGUACGGGGUGAGGAAGAU